UCCAAAUGCUUCCAAAUGAAUUGUAUUCUGCAAGCUGGUUGGAAGGAAAAUCACGCCACAUUCAUGAGCGAACUGAAAAAUCUCCAGGCUUCUGGACUGACUACUCUUGGUCAGGCUCUAAGAUCCUCGUUUGAUUUGUUAAAUCUCAAUAGAUUAAUAUCUGGAAUAGACAAUUAUGGACAGGGGAGAAAUCCGUUUUUUUUAGAGCCGUCUAUUUUAAUUACCAUCACAGAUGGAAACAAGUUAACAAGUACUGCUAGCGUUCAAGAAGAGCUUCAUCUUCCUUUGAAUUCUCCUCUGCCUGGAAGUGAACUAACCAAAGAACCUUUUCGUUGGGAUCAAAGGUUAUUUGCCCUGGUGUUGCGUUUGCCUGGAGUGGCUUCUACCGAACCAGAGCAACUAGGGAGUGUACCAACUGAUGAAUCUGCCAUCACACAGAUGUGCGAAGUCACAGGAGGUCGCUCCUACUGUGUAAGAACACAAAGAAUGUUGAAUCAGUGUUUAGAAUCACUAGUUCAAAAAGUGCAGAGUGGUGUAGUCAUUAAUUUUGAAAAAACAGGACCAGAUCCACUUCCUGUUGGAGAAGCCUCCACGAACAUCUCAUCCUAUUGUGAGGUUUUCCUGUGUCGAUUGUGAACCAAUGGUUAUAGAUAAACUGCCCUUUGACAAAUAUGAACUUGAACCCUCUCCCUUAACUCAGUACAUCUUGGAAAGAAAAUCUCCUCAUACUUGCUGGCAGGUGUUUGUCACCAGCAGUGGAAAAUACAAUGAGCUUGGAUAUCCAUUUGGUUAUUUAAAAGCUAGUACGACUUUAACUUGUGUAAACCUCUUUGUGAUGCCUUACAACUACCCAGUUUUACUUCCUCUUUUAGAUGACUUGUUUAAAGUUCACAAGCUUAAGCCAAAUCUGAAGUGGCGACAGGCUUUUGACAACUACUUAAAAACUCUGCCUCCUUACUACUUAAUACCAUUAAAGAAAGCACUAAGGAUGAUGGGAGCUCCAAAUCUGAUAUCAGAUAAUUUAGAUUGUGGACUUAGUUACAGUGUUAUCUCUUACCUUAAAAAACUCAGCCAACAGACCAAACUAGAGUCAGAUCGAAUACUAGCAUCAGUGGGGAAGAAACCCCCCCAGGAGAUUGGUAUCAAAGUGAAAAAUCAUUCUGGAGGUGGCCUGCCCCUGGCUCACAAUAAAAACUUUAGAAAGCUGUUGAAAGAAAUCAUAGGGGAAAGUGCACCGAGACUGACAGAACUGAAUACCAAAGAAUUUGCUGGCUUCCAAGUAGGGCUCUUCAACAAGGAUUUGAAACCUCAGACAUACAGAAAUGCUUAUGAUAUUCCACGUAGAGGACUUUUAGACCAGUUGACCAGAAUGAGAUCCAAUCUACUGAAAACACGGAAGUUUAUUGUGGGACAAGAUGAAGAUUCACUUCAUAGUGUUCCAGUUGCACAAAUGGGCAACUAUCAGGAAUAUCUAAAGAUGCUGGCUUCUCCACUACGAGAGAUUGAUCCAGAUCAACCAAAAAGACUGCAUACUUUCGGCAAUCCGUUUAAGCAAGAUAAGAAGGGAAUGAUGAUUGAUGAAGCAGAUGAGUUUGUAGUAGGGCCGCAAAACAAAGUGAAACGUCCUGGAGAACCGAACAGUCCUAUGUCAUCUAAGAGAAGGCGGAGUAUGUCCCUGCUGUUGAGGAAACCACAAACACCUCCUACUGUAACUAACCAUGUGGGCGUUAAGGGACCACUCUCAGCCUCCUGGUUCCCAUCUUGUCCAGACCUCAUAAAACCCACCCUUGUACAUCCAGAUGCCACUGUCAUUCAUGAAAUCCAUGAAGAGAAGAUGGAAAAUGGGCAAAGCCCAGCUGAUGGCUUCUUAUUAAAAUCUGCUCCAGCAGACUUUAUGAAUGUGGCAGGAGACAGCCUUAUAUCCAACCAAUUGGAUUCUCUAUCUGAUGAUUUUGCUGGCCUCAGGAAAGAUGGACUCAUUCACAAACCUAAUAAUAAUAUACUUAUAGGAGGAGCCAAAACCUGCACUCUUUCUGUAGAUGAUAGAAAAAUCCCAAUGGCAUCUGCUUUGGAAACUGUGCCAAAUUCAAUGCAAAUCACUCCUGCAAUGGCACAAGGCAUCAAUGCUGAUAUAAAGCAUCAGUUGAUGAAGGAGGUCCGAAAGUUUGGACGAAAGUAUGAAAGGAUUUUCAUUUUGCUUGAAGAAGUGCAGGGACCCCUGGAAAUGAAAAAGCAGUUUGUUGAGUUCACUAUCAAGGAAGCUGCAAGGUUUAAAAGAAGAGUCUUAAUUCAGUACCUUGAGAAGGUACUAGAAAAAAUAGAUUCCCACCACCUUCUUAACAAUGUGAAUCACAUCAACAGCAGAUCAUCAUGUUAAUAUCAAGACAAGCAAGAAAAAAGAACACUGUAGGAUGUUGGAUGUCUCUCUGUAGACCAGGCUGGCUGCAAACUCAGAGAUUUGCCUGCUUCUGCCUCCCAAGUGCUGUAGGAUGGAAUGGGACCUAAUUAAGCCCUCUAGAAUGUUUGAGUGAAGGGAAUGACCUAACUCAGGCUAAGAAAAGUGUUUGACUACAGAUUUUAAUGAUUAUCUGGAAGUAAAAUCUGGGCUUUCGCCUUAAGAGUUAUAAUUGAAAGUAUUUUUUCAUUUUCUUUUUCUUUUUCCAAUUAGGAAAAGUGAUGUUAAAUCACAAAGCACUGCUGCUCCUACUACAGCUAACAGAGUUCAGUCAUUUGAACGUUACCAUUCCAGAUGUUUUCAGAGUGGGCAGGGGCCACCUGCAAGGAGAGCACUGCUUAAUGUCCUUAUUGUGUCCCAUAGAGCAAGUAAGCAUGUAGAAUCCAAGUGGUAAUCACCACUCACCAAUUUCUAGCUGUGCCUUUUAAACCAUGCAAUAUUCAGGAUAGUUGGAAUCAAAGAGUAAAAAGCUGCUAUUUAGGUAACUUAUUUCUCUCUGGGAAGGGGCAGGGAGAGUAACCAACCAAUCUACCUCCAGUGCUCUUCCAUUUUGUCUAUAAACAUUACAAAGUGCACCUGAGGCUGCACUAUCCUCUGACAUUUGUUCUUGCAUGUGACAACGGAAAGUCUUCAGGUAGACUUGUACAUUUUGUGCUUUGGAAGCACUAAAAGGAAAAAUAAUAUGUAUAUUUUCUUUGAUGUUUAUAUAAAAGUUUAUAUGGAGCAGUAUUGUUGUUUUUAUUUGUAAAAAUGUAAGUGAUCAAAGAGAUUUUCACUUUGCAUAUAUGAAAUAAAAUCAUUUUAUUGAUUUUCAAAAGUUUA